AUGGAAAGGCUUAGAAUGCUGGAAAUGAUUACGCAGCCGUCAGACACUCGUUCACAGGAAAUUACGUCGCGACCACCGGUUCUUCCAAAUCAUCAGCUCGUCUUUUUCCACCUCAAUGAAUCUCAGCAUCUCCCAAACCACUUUUUCGUUUUGAUGAUGACAGUUCCAAAGGACUACAGUUUCGGAAACGUCCCAGCUGAUCCACUGGACGAGAGGUUGGCUAGCACACCCUCAAUGAACAAGACUACAACUAUUGGUGGUGAUAUUAUAGGCGACGACAUUGGCCAUCGUAGCUGCACCAAAAGACGACCGACCGGAAUACGAUCGAAUAAAGCCGCCACGCCGAAUUGUGAUGGAACAAAUGUAAUUGCACGAUUAGAUGCCGAUCUACAAUCGUUUGCAGCAAAAAACUUAUUGUCGAGUGCUUGCCAUAUGAAAGCGCUGAUCAAGAGAUAUUGUAAGGAGAUAAUUCCGAGCAGGUCAAAUGACAGGAGAGUGAAUUUCCGCAAAGUCGUGUUUAUGGUGAGUGGUCAUGGGAGAAAGGGUGGAAAG